UCUCUUUCUAUUUCUUUCGUUCUCUCUCUAUAGCUGCCUUGCCUUUCCUCUUUAUUCCAACCUUUGCCUUCGUCGCCUUCCGCAUACCCGAUUCUCCACCCCUCUGGCCUCUAUCGUUGGAAUCCCUCCCGCCUCAAGCAGAUCUCCACAAGCUCCCCACAGAAGAGUCACCCAUGACGCUUGGCUCAGGAGGAUCGAGUGUUGUGGUCCCUCGAAACUUCAGAUUGCUCGAGGAACUUGAACGUGGAGAAAAGGGUAUUGGAGAUGGUACUGUCAGCUAUGGAAUGGAUGAUGGAGAUGACAUUUAUAUGCGCUCUUGGACUGGCACCAUCAUUGGCCCUCAUAAUACUGUACAUGAAGGUCGCAUAUAUCAGUUGAAGCUGUUCUGUGACAAAGAUUAUCCAGAGAAGCCACCAAGUGUCCGUUUUCAUUCACGGAUCAACAUGACUUGUGUUAACCAUGAAACUGGAGUGGUGGAACCUAAGAAGUUUGGAAUUCUGGCAAAUUGGCAGCGGGAGUACACCAUGGAGGAUAUACUGACACAGCUGAAGAAGGAGAUGGCUGCGCCACAAAACCGGAAGUUGGUCCAGCCUCCUGAAGGUACCUACUUCUAGUUUUUAAGAUCAUAUAGAUAUCUUGAACCAUAUUGCAUGUGGGAUAUGCAAUAUAUAGUAUUGUAAUGAUGUGUUGAUCCUGUUGGAAGUUAAAAACGUAUGGAGAAUGCCCCAAAAACGCAUGUGCUUCUAUAACGUCUCCAUGGCUUCUCCUCUUGCUUUGUCAUCUUCCUUUAUUAAACUCUGCUGCAGCAAUGCUGUUUGAUUAAUGGGAUUUCUUGUGUGUCAAAUAUUUAAGUUACCUUUUAAUUAGAACUUGAGCUCUUUAUUCUGUGUUCAAA